AUGGCUCACAUGUUCGCAUAUCUCAACCCUCGCCGCGAUGAACUCCCCUCCCACAUCGUUGAGACCAUCGCUGGAAAUCUCACAUUUCUGGUGAAAUACACUGCCGGUCCUAGUGUCCGCGCUUCCCAGAUCUCAAUUUCCGUUAUCGACGUCCGUGGACCCAACAACAGUGAAGUCGGCCACAAGGCCACAGUCUGUAUUCACGACGGCCCAGGCAAGUUUACAGUCGUGAUGUGGAAGCAGGUAAAUUGGGGUCAAAAUGUCGUAAUCGGACUGGGAGAGAAAGUGGACAAGGCUAUCAAAGAUAUCCUGGCGAAGGAAGGAAAUGACGGAUAUGGUGACUUCGAGGGCUAG